AUGGGGAAGAAGAAGAACAGACACGCGCGCCCCGUGGCUCCUUCCGUGACUCCUUCAAAGCGUCAAGCAGAGGACCCUUCCGAAGGUCAAUCCAAGCGUGCCAGAACCGAUGUCUCCAUUGACAACUCAUCCCGCGUCGCUUCCCAGCAGCGUGCUCGAGUGACAACUCCUCAGCAACGGAAGGCCAAAUCAACUGCUGUCUUACAAAAGGCCGCGUCCGCCACCCAAGCCAUCUCUAGUGCUCGUCAAGCGAACAGCAGCAACCGCAACAGCAGCGGCGAAAAUGUGACGCCAAUGGACACCGAUGCUGGCAAUGGUGCAAGCAGCAGCAGCAGCAGCAGCCAGGCAGCUCCCCCUUCAGAGGCUGAGAUGAUCGAGAAGCUACCCGAGCGUCUCCGCAAGCCUUUCGGGUUGAUCUGGAGGAGUGCUGGCCUUCGCCGUUAUCUCCUCAGGGAACUGUCUGAGUACGACGAUUUCAACGAGGACAAACUCACGGCUGUGGAAGGCGAGCUGAGCCGUUUCAAGGAUGUCGUCCAGGAAAGUCCGUGGUCGAAUGGGAUUCAACAGUGGCGCAAAGAGCAAGAUCCCUCAGCGCUGAUUACUGAGGCGGACGUGCUUGACAAACUACUUCGUGAAAAGUACCCAGACUUGAGUCCUGCUCCGGAGACGACCAUUACUCGGGCACGGGCUUCACACAAGUUUCAACUUGUCGAUCGUGAGGACACUAUCAAGUCCUUACAAGCGCAAAUGGCCCAGUUUCGUCGCUCUCUUCGAGAAAACUUGAGUGACCGAACCGCGUUUCCAUUUGCACUUCUUGCAACCCUUCCUGGUUGUGGCAAGACCCGUAUGUGUCUGGAGACACUCCAGUCCAUCGUGCCCAAAGCGUGUGCAGCACAAGAUGAAUUCCCCAAGGCCCACUACCUCUCCCUCUUCUUGACCUUCAACGGCACCGGUGGCACAACCUGGGUUGCAGAAAGCGAGGAGCAACGUCACCCCGAGCACGCGAUCGCCAAGAGACUUUUGGGUAGCUACUUUGCGCGCCCUACGCUGGACAUCUCGGCCAACAUCUCCGUGUCGGCCGCUAUGGCGCUAAUCCGCGCAACAGAAUCGAAGAAACUCAACAUUGAUCCGGCAGAGCUUCAUAUUUUUAUUGCAAUUGACGAAGCCACUCGCCUCCUCAACGCGCGUGUGGAUCCCAAGUAUCAGUUGGCGGAUCACAAGACCCUUCAAGCCGCAAUGGGAGAAGACAAGAAAUCGGCGGACAUUCGACUUGCCCGACGAUUCUGGAAGCAAGCUUUGGGUUCGCUUCAGCGUUUGUGUAUUGGCUCCGCGACCCCCACUUGGCUGUUGCUCGCUGGCACCAAAUCCAGCCAACUGGCCGCUGCGAUUACGAAUGUGCUCGCUGAGGAUUCACUCAUGACUGUUGCGUCGGUUCCCAUUGCUCCAUUGUCGGGUUCUGGCACCGCAGAAUUGCUUGAUAAAAUCUACAUGGGUUUUCGCGAUGCGAACAAGCCCGUGCUUGGCCCCUGGCGACACAAUGCACAUUUGAUGCGCUCCGUUCAACGUGUGGCUGGUUUGCCUCGAUCUGUCAUUGCGCUAUGCAUGCCCGACAACCCCGACACGCUCGGGUUGACCCACCUCUCGCAUUCGCGUUUUGUCGACCUCAUGGAAUCGUGCCUUUUCGACAAUAACCCUGCUGCUGAUACAUUGAUCCAGGAGAACGAGCUCGUGUCUAUUGGUGUGCUUUUCAAAGCACGUGAAACUGACCGCCUCCUUUUGUUUCCGCGUGUUACGCUGAUCCAGUUGUACGACGGACGCAUUCAACCUAUUGACAUUGUUGAUGACAUGCGCCGAGUGCUUCACCAGCUCGAAGCCGAGCUGCCAACAAAGUGGCAAGGCUGGGAAUAUUUCUGUGUCGCGAUUUUAAAUCUGCGGAUUUUGCUGCUCGUCACCAAAGCACUUCAGGUCAAUUCCAACGCGCAGUACGUGUCGGUCGACAGUAUCUUCCCGGGCGCAGUCUCGGGCUCGUCCACUCCAAAUCUGUUCGUUGAUGCCCAGGUUUGGAGCAAAGUUGCUUUUUCGCCGAUGGCCGCUCCAACCAGAAAGGCAUAUUCAGGACGCGUCACUCUUUGCGAAGAGAGUCGCCGUGGUAUUGACGGUUGGAGCACUUUCUAUGAAAGAACGCCAGAAGGAGAGUUUGUCCCAGUCACGCUUGCUCUGCAGUGCAAGCUGCAUCAAGUCGAGUCGCCAAUGUCGCACGAGGAUCAGAAUAAGCUGCUGCGGAAGGCAAGAGCAGCACUGCCCGAGGCGGAGCGAGAGAAUGCUGUCGUGGCGCUGCUGACAACAUCGCGAAUGGACAGCGAGCCCGAUGCGCAACAACUCGAUUCGCGAUCGUUCGUGUUGGAUCGAGCCGGAAUGGACAAGUUCACUGCCGGGUUUAAGGCCAUCGCGAACAUCUUUUGGAGUUAUGACCCAAACCUCAGCUCAGCUGAUCGCAUAGCGAGUAAGUUCCACGCGCCGAAGCACACGAGCUUGGAACACGCACGUGCAAUGGCUCACAUGAUUGACCAGCAUCGAGCUGCCGAAGUGUUCAAGAGUGUGAGCGAUCUGUGA